CCUGAGAACAUGGUUCCUCCGGCCGCCGGCAAAACAAUAGGCAAAACUUUUAAGUGAAAUUAUUUGAUUUUGACUCUGAGACGGUCUUUCCAAAUGUAUUGAAAAUAUCCAACAAAAGUAAAGAAAGCUCAGCCGACCUGGAGAACCCUGCCGGGAGUUGGUGAAGUCCAGAGAAGAGGAAAAUAUAAAACCACAUCGGACACACACUCAGUCAGUCAGGUUCAUGUGGUUCAUCGUACUUCUUUGUGUGAACACAGUGAGCUGCCAGGUUGUCGUCAAGGGUUUCAUCGGAGACAGCGUCCUCCUGCCCUGCAUCUACACGGAAAAAUACCUUCAACCAGAGAAGGUCAACGUCUACUGGAGGGACAGAGACGACAACAUCUUGUUGGACAUCAUCAGCGGCGUCCACAAUAUGAAAACCCAGAACGAGAAGUUCAGAGGGCGAGUGAUCAGUCCCCCUGAUCUGAACAGGAAGGGAAACUUCUCCAUCGCCCUGCAGAACGUCCAGGAGGAGGACACCGGACUGUAUGAGUGCCACAUCCCGGAGGCAGGCGUGGAGCAGAGAGUCCAGCUGACUGUCACAGGAAAACGUGUUGGAGUAUCAGGAACAGAUCCAGGACCAGCUCCUUCUGAACCACCAGCUGGUAACGCUGCAGUAACACUGACCCCCCCUCUCCUCACUCAGCUGUCUGUCCUGUCAUUGUGCAGUUUGGGUUGGACACAGGUUCACACAUGAACCGUGGAGCUUCAACAGAAACAUCACACACUAACUGAUGAAGGGUCUGCUCUAAAAACCAAUAAAACAAAACAACUUUAGUUUCAGUGAUAAAACGACUUUAAAGUCACAACUCUCCUUUAAAAAGAAUGAUUACUCACCUGCAUCGUUUCAGCCUCAGCUCCUCACUUCCUGUCUCACCUGAGGUUUCUUUGUGUUUACUGACCAGAGAGAAACAAGAGAACCAGAAUGUUUCCACAGCGAUGACCUGAAGUAACCUGCUGCAGCUCUGCAGUCUGUGCCUUAGUUAAAAUGGCUGCAGUAAGAGUUUACACUGCCCCCAAGAUUCACUGUGUUAUAGCCACCUGCAGCAAGUUCCCUGGGUGAUAAGAGACCAACUGAAACAUCAACCGUCGUCUUCAAGUGCUACUAUGAGAAGUAUAUGUCCUUAGACAUGGCAUAAAAUAUAUUAAUCUAGUUUCUAUAGGAAUCUAAUUCCAACAUUUUUAGUAGUAAUCCAACCGGUUCUGGUUUUCGGUUUCAUAACCCCCUACCUGUGACUCAGCCUGUGGUUAACCAGACUCUGUGCUGUUCCCGCCUCAUAGUCCAAACUAUUCCACUUCAGGUUCCUCUUAAAGUCAUUUCUGCCUUUGUUCAGAUCACUACAUUGACAGAGAGGAGAGUCAACCCUUUGGUCUGUUUGUUAUGGAGAGGAGGUCAUGGUAUGUCAUAGUAAGUCAUAAAAUAUGAUGGUGUAGUAAGGCAUGACAUGUGGCCCUGCCUGUCCACUGGGGGCGCUGUCACCACUAAUGAAAACCACUUAGAAGCUCAGUGUUGAGGUCAAAUCUGAGUGAUUCAGUUUGGAGCAGAACUCUUCAUUUCAGACGCUUCUAUAGUUUUCAGCUUUUCAGUUACUAAUGAUCAGAUAUGAAGGGCAAAGCUACUUUAUUAUUAUUAUUAUUAUUAUUACAGGGUCUGUUGUAUUGUGAUACUGACAUGUAAAGUUACUGAGAAUAAGGAGCUGCUACAGGUUAAUCUUAGUUAUUCAUUUUUUAUACUUAUUUAUAAAAGUGCAAAACACCAAAGAAGAAAAUGUUGAAGUGAUAAAACAUGAAGAAAAUUUACCUGAACACAAAAACAAAUGUGUCCAACAGCCUGAAAAGGUGAGCCCUGAGCUGUUCCCAGGAAAACAUCACAGGUCACACCUGAACAGGUGUUCACAGCUGUGAACAGCUGUCAUUAAAUUAUGACAGCUCAGUGGGAUUUAUUGGAUAAUGAAGGAUGAAUCCAUGGCUGUGAACUUCAGCCUCUUGUGUAUUUAAUACUGAAGACUUCAGUCUGAUUGAAUCAGAUAUUUUCUUCUUCAUCUGUUGCGACACACUCACAGUUCAUCUGAGUUAUUGAUGAAUGCAGAUUCUUUACAUCUGUUUCACAUGUGUCCAUAUGCUGCACUAAAACUACACCUGCACCUGAUCUGGAUCUGGAUCCUUGCUGACUUUAGUUUGUACUGCACUUAUAGCUGUUGCCAGUCAGUCACCUGAUUGUGAUCAGGUAUCAAUAACUGAGGUCAUAUUUAUUUAACUGCUAUUUAAUCUGUGUUGAAGGUUUCUGAUACAAGUUCAAUGUAAAGUGUGUGUGUGUGUGUUUGACAGGUUGUACACACACACAUGAAUGACAUGAAUUCUGCACUAAACCUGAAACAUCACUCUGGAAACAAACGUCUCAUUUCUCUUUUCAAAGUAAAAGCAGAUGACUGAUUUGACCAUUGUGUUUGAAGAGAGUGUGCUGCUGAGGUCUUUUAUUCUGAAAUAAAAAGUUA